CUUUAUUUGGUUCCAUCAGCUAGUGAAUAUCCAUUCAUGGAAGGAGAAGACACAAGACUGAAGUGUGAAAAUGCACAGUUAGAUAAGCCUGUGACUAACUACUCAUGGCCAGACACUGUUGGUGGAACUCCGUUUGGCCAGUUUCUGAUCUUUGACAAUGUGAGCAAAGACCUUCACUUGAAGCGAGUGAGAUGCGCAGGCAGCCAUGGAGAGAGCAGCGCCCGUCUCGUUUACAGUGAUAGUAUUUUCCUGAAAAUCUACUACAAACCAGUGAUCAAGAUUAUCUCAAGCGCGCCUACCUGUAGUCCUCAGACAAGUUUGUCCAAUGUGUGUUUUAUCACUCGGGGCCACAAUGUUACACUUUCGUGCCAAGCAAAAAGCAACCCACCUCCUGCUUCUGUUAAAUGGUUUGGAAAAAUAACCAGCACCACAAUGAAUAUAACGAUUACACUAGCAGAGCAGAAGACUGAUGGUGGAGCAUACAUAUGUAGCGCAGAAACGGAGAAAUCUUCUGAUGAUCAACGCCUACCGCUCUUCUCAUCUUACCAGUUUACCGUCAUUGUUCAAUGUAAUAAUGAAAUUCAUAAGUUACUUAUAUAUUAAGUUUUAAUACAUUUUCUGAAAUUAUCAAUCUUUAGCAACCAUCUUGGAAACUUCUCUGCUCUAUUUGGAGUUACAUCAAAGAGCAAGUGCAUGUCAGAUGAUAUGCACUGUAAGGUCACACAUUUAUCCCAACACUUAAAGAAAUUUUAAUAAGAAAAGACACGUGUGCUAAAGUAGAUGAAUGAAGUCGAUCUUAGCUGCCGUCCGAUUAUUGCCUUUCAUUUU